AUGAUAAAAAAAUCGGUAAGGUUGUCAAAAUAUACAAAUCUUAUUAAUUUAGCAUAUAAAAAUAUUCCAACUAUCUUUAAAUGGGAUCCUCUAUAUUCAAAAGAUGAUAAUACAAUACCACGCCAUAAAAAAGGUGCAUGGAUUAGAAGAAUUAAUAAAAGAAAAGUAAUUGGUCAUAUAGUACCAAUUUCUAAAGAAAAUAAAAAAUUAAUUGCAAUGAGAAGUUUAUUAAUUCAUAGAAAAGGUAUUACAUCAUUUGAUGCUUUGAAAACAAUAGAUAGUAUAGAAUUUCAAACAUAA